AUGUCUCAUUUUUUUAAAUUAAUUUGUUUAUUUGGGCUUGGACUACUGGCGAUUGACACGGAAACUGUUACCAAGCUUCCCGUUCAUAGCAAGCAGAUGGGGCUGGGCAGUGGGUACCGUACGGACCGACCCGCACAGUCCUCGCGUCACAUAAUAAAAGUUGCCUCGGCGUUCUAUCCGGCCACCAGAAAUAAACAUGGCGCCGUUCAAAAUAAAGGAGACGUAGGGAAGCGGACAUCCCUCCAAGAUGUAAAUAGAUUUCCUGAGGAUAUGAAAAUGUCGAGUUAUAGAUCGCGAGUGUGGAGUGUGCCGUUAUUUCUCUUGUUGCGGACUAUGUUUGUGAUCAGUGGGGUUGGGGGAUUGCAGGAGCAGAAAUUCGCGAUGGAACCUCAAGAUCAGACUGCUGUCAUAGGAUCAAGAGUAACUCUACCAUGUAGAGUUGAGAACAAAGCAGGUCAACUUCAAUGGACAAAAGAUGACUUUGGGUUAGGUCUUCAUAGGGAUUUGAGUGGCUACGACCGGUAUAAGAUGAUCGGGAGUGAUGAGGAAGGUGACUAUUCACUGGACAUCCGCGACGUAACAUUAGACGAUGAUGCAAAAUAUCAGUGCCAAGUCAGUUCUGGGGCAAAAGGUGAGCCAGCAAUUAGGUCGCGUUACGCCCGCCUUACCGUAAUAGUGCCGCCGGAACCGCCCAAAAUUCUUCAAGGCAAUUUCCACUCUACGACCGAAGACAAGCUGAUCAUAUUGGAGUGCAUAUCCGUGGGCGGGAAACCACCAGCUGAGAUAACUUGGGUGGACAGCAAUGCCGGCGUUUUGACGCAGGGUGUCACUUACACCGUAGAACCGUUGCCUGAUGGACAGAGAUUUACUGCCAGGUCGGUGAUAAAAAUGCCACCGAAAGAGGAGCACCAUAACCAAUCGUUUACAUGUCAGGCGCAGAACACGGCUGACAGAGCAUACAGAGCAGCAAAUAUUCUGAUUGAGGUGAAAUAUGCGCCGAAAGUGAAAGUUCGCAUAAAAUCAGGGAAAAGGAUAAUUGAGGGAAAAGAUGUUAUACUUUCGUGCAUAGCGGACGCGAACCCAAGUAAUUUGACAUUCAGAUGGAUUUUAAACGAUUCCAUAAUUGGAAACAGUUCCGAGCUGAUAAUACCGAAUAUCACCAGAAGUUACAAUGGCGCAAGAAUAAGGUGUAAAGUGGUCAAUGAAGUUGGAAGAAGUGAAGAAACAAUAAUUCUUGAAAUUUCCUACGCUCCAACGUUUCGUAACCGCCCAAUGGAUGUGGAAGCGGAGUUGGGUAAGCAAGUGACGCUCAGUUGCGAUGUGGAUGGGUUCCCGGAGCCAGAGUUUAAGUGGCUACAUUUGGAGGAAGACACUAAUAUCAAUGUGGGUAAAACAGCCAACCUCACACUAACAGCCGACACGCACACAUCAGGGCGUUAUAUGUGUAUAGCCUCAGUGGAGGGGUACAAGGAGAUAGAGGCAGAAGCCUCCAUAUUUAUAAAAGGUCCACCGAAGAUAAUAUCAAAUCACACGCAAUUCGGGUCGCAAGGUGACACAGUGAAUAUUGAGUGCGCCGCGUUCGCAGUUCCGAAAAUCGAUAAUAUCGUGUGGACAUUCGAGGGAAAGGAGAUAGAUGGUGUACAUGAUCAGGACUAUGCCUUUCAAGAGGAUAUCCAAGUUGGCGGUAUUGUAAAUUCGACACUUAUCAUCCGAGAGAGUCAGUCCAAGCACUUUGGAGUCUACAGAUGUAAUGUGUCCAAUGACUACGGGAGUGAUAUGAUUGACAUAGUAUUGCGGCCUACAAAAUCAUUUCCCCUUCUACUAAUCCUAUUUGGCAUAACAUCUGGGACCAUCAUGGUGGCAGCAGUCAUAAUGCUGGUGAUAUUGUGUCAACGGAAACAGCGGAAAAACAAGCAAGCACAGGUGACGGAAAAGCCAGAUGUGACAGUUACUGCCGAAGAAUUGUAUAAGGAGAAUGAUAGGAAUUCUAAUAUUAGUGACUUGAAGUUGGAGUUGCGACAAGCAAAUGGAAACUGUGAAAUUGACUAUUCAAAUACGGGAUCCGACAGUACACUUUGCUCUAAUGCGAAGCUUGGUAGUGGCAUACCUUUGGCUGGUACUGUACCAUUAUCAGUGAACCAGGCCAAUACAUUCCCAUAUAGAUAUAGCAAUGACUACAGUGACCCUGCCUAUUCAGAUUAUAAGGUGAAUGGUUAUUCCACGUACGUCCAUUACGGUCAUGAUUACACGCCCGGUUCUUUGAGGGUGCAGUCACCCACGAUGGCCGCUGAUAAGCUCACACCGAAUAGAUCAAUAAACGGUAGCCUACCGAGAAGUAUAGACACGCCGUCAGUGCAAUUCAGUGGAAAUGGCUCUCAGAACAAUUCCUUACAACGUUCGGCCAAACGCCAAGACAGUUCCAAUGCUCUGAAUAAUUUAGGAGUGCCCAGUACUGAAGUGAAUCGUAUUCCCAAUGGAGGUAUAAUCCAUGGCGUGGACGUCCGAUAUGCAGCGACAUACGGAAACCCGCACCUUCGAAGUGGUCUCGGGUUUACAGUCAAUACAGCAAAGCCAGCUUCCACACCAGCUCCACCGCCUUACUCAUCUGUUAGAACCUCAGUUAUACUACCGUCAGGUACCUCAUCCCACUCCAUCACGUCUCCUACAAGUCUCGCGUCCCCGCAAUGCGCAACGAGUCCUAUUACUAACUCCACUAUGUCCACUGACAGUGCGCAACCACCCCUGGGCGUGGCCACAUCUUCAACCACACCUCAAUCGCCCAGUUCCCACUACAUAUUAGCACCGUCAAAUAGGACAUUGAGUAAUUCUACCGUUACUAAAAAAGGUUGCACAAUUCAAACUGCCCUUGCAACACACGUAUAA